GCAUCUGUGUUGAGUAAAGGCACUUCCAUUUGGAUAGAAAAGAAGCAAUAAUCGAUGUAUGGUUGAUGUUUACUUGGCUUGGUAUGGUCUCGUGUUCCCUGUCUUUCACCAUGGGCUACAGUGGAUUUGUGCUGCAGUACGGUCUUGUCUUUAUUUUUCUUAUUCUUCGCCCGAUCAGUGGAGAUGUGGGCUAUUCUGUAGCGGAGGAGAUGAAACGUGGAUUUGUGAUUGGAAAUAUCGCGAAGGAUUUUGGACUUGAUGUGGGACGACUUUCUACUCGCAAGGCCCGUAUCAAUACUGAGGAUAACAGCGUUCAAUACUGCGGUGUAAAUCUUAAUACAGGGGAUUUGAUUGUGCAGGAAAGGAUCGACAGAGAAGGGCUUUGUGCAAAGAAGGCGUCAUGUGUUUUAAAACAGGAACUCUUACUGGAAAACCCCUUAGAACUCCAUCGUUUCAGCAUUCGUGUGCAAGACAUUAAUGACAAUUCACCUCAGUUUAAAGAGGAAGCAAUUAAACUGGAAAUCCGGGAAUCGACAGUUAAGGGCGCACAGUUUCUUCUCGGGGAAGCGCGUGAUGGAGACAUCGGUGAAAAUGCUGUUCAGGGCUACUCUCUGCAGCAGAAUGAUCAUUUCAAACUGAAUGUUAACACAAAAUCUGGUGGCCGGAAAUACUGCGAAUUAGUUUUAGAAAAAGAAUUAGACAGAGAAGAUCAAAAGGAGAUCACGCUUUUGCUCACUGCAUUUGAUGGCGGCUCUCCUCAGAGAUCAGGUACCGUAGUCAUACACGUCACUGUUCUGGAUGCUAAUGAUAAUGUCCCAGUGUUUAGCCAGACUGUGUAUAAAGCCAGUUUGCUAGAAAACUCUCCUCCUGAUACACUGGUGAUCACAGUGACUGCUACAGAUGCAGACGAUGGUUUAAACAGUGAAAUUACAUAUGAGUUAGACCAUUUAUCAGAUGAAGAUAGCAACGUAUUUACGUUGAAUCCUAAAACAGGAGAGGUAAAAGUAGCUGGACUUAUUGAUCACGAAAAAGUUUCAUCUUAUGAAAUGCAGAUUAGUGCAAAAGAUGGACUGGGACUAGUUUCAUAUGCCACAUUGACUAUUGAAAUUAUAGAUAUUAAUGAUAAUGCCCCAGUUAUAUACAUGACAUCACUGACUAACCCCAUACCUGAGAAUGUGUCACCUGGUACAGAGGUGGGCAUCAUUAAUGUACAGGAUAGAGACUCUGAGAAUAAUAAACAGGUCCGCUGCUCGAUUCAGCAAGGUGUCCCUUUUAAGUUAGUUCCUUCUAUUAAAAACUACUAUUCUCUGGUGACCACAGAACAACUGGACCGUGAACUAGUGUCUGAUUACAACAUUACAAUCACUGCCACUGACGAGGGCUCUCCACCUCUGUCGUCCUCUAAAACUGUUCAGUUAUCUGUAGCUGACAUCAAUGACAACCCACCUGUGUUUGAGGAGCAGUCCUACAGCGCAUAUGUGACUGAAAAUAACAAACCUGGAUCCACUUUAUGUUCCGUUACUGCUCGAGACCCCGACUGGAGACAAAACGGUACAGUGAUUUAUUCUCUGUUACCUGGUGAGGUGAACGGUGCCCCGGUGUCCUCCUAUCUGUCUGUGAAUGGAGACACGGGAGGGAUCCAUGCUGUGAGGUCGUUUGAUUAUGAACAGUUCAAGAGUUUUAAAGUUCACGUGAUGGCCAGAGAUAACGGUUCUCCUCCGCUCAGCAGCAACGUGACAGUCAGUGUGUUUGUAUCUGAUGUGAAUGACAACUCUCCUCAGAUACUGUACCCCACCCCGGAGGGAAACUCCUUCAUGACUGAGCUGGUCCCCAAAGCUGCCCACGGAGGCUCUCUGGUGUCCAAAGUGAUAGCUGUGGACGCGGACUCUGGACAGAACGCGUGGCUGUCCUAUCAAAUAGUCAAAUCCACUGAUCCUGGCCUUUUUACUAUUGGACUCCACAGUGGAGAGAUCAGGACACAGCGGGACAUUUCUGAAUCUGACAACAUGAAACAGAACCUUAUUGUGUCAGUGAAAGAUAACGGACAGCCUCCUCUCUCUGCCACCUGUGCCAUGUAUUUACUUAUUUCUGAUAACUUGGCUGAGGUUCCAGAACUGAAAGACAUUUCUUAUGAGGAGAAGAAUUCCAAAUUGACCUCAUACCUCAUCAUAGCGCUGGUGUCAGUUUCUACAAUUUUCCUUACUUUUAUCAUCAUCGUCAUGGGUGUGAGGUUUUGUCGCAGGAGAAAGCCCAGACUGUUGUUUGAUGGAGCAGUUGCAAUUCCCAGCGCGUAUUUGCCUCCUAAUUACGCAGAUGUUGAUGGAACAGGAACUUUACGCAGCACUUACAAUUAUGACGCCUAUUUGACAACAGGAUCUAGAACCAGUGACUUUAAGUUCGUCUCCUCUUAUAAUGACAACACCCUACCAGCAGAUGAGACUCUGAAAAAAAGUCCAACGGAUUUUGCUGAUAUGUUUGGAGAUAGUGAUGGCUCACCUGAGGUAGGCACGUAUUCCAUGUUUUCGUCCAAUUUUGAGUUUUAUUAA